AUGUUCUUCAAGACUGCUCUCGUUGCCUCCGUGGCUGGUCUCGCUGCGGCCCUCCCCCACACCCGUCGCCAAAACACCGCUGGUGGUGGUGUCACCAUUGUCAACAACAUUGGAUCCGACGUCUACGCGUGGUCUGUUUCUGAUAGAGUCAGUAACAUGGAGACCCUUUCUGCGGGCGGCGGAUCCUACACCAGCAGCUGGCAAACCAACGACAACGGCGGUGGCAUUUCCAUCAAGCUCUCCACCUCCCAGUCCCAGGCCGACGUCCUGCAGUUCGAGUACACCCAGUCCGGCGACACCAUCUUCUGGGACAUGUCCUCCAUCAACCUGAGCCCCGACUCCGACUUCGUCAAAUACGGCUUCAGCGUCGUUCCCUCCUCGGGUGGCGGCAACUGCCCCACCGUGACCUGCUCUGCUGGCAACACCAACUGCCAAGAGGCCUACCAGCAGCCCGAUGACAACCACGCUACCCACGGCUGCCCCAUUGACACCAGCUUCACCCUGACCCUGGGU